UUGAUAAUGGGCUGCAUUAAAAGUAAAGAGAACAAAAGUCCAACCAUUAAAUAUAGAACCGAAAACACUCCAGAACCUGUCAGUACAAGUAUCAGCCAUUAUGGAGCAGAACAUACUGCAGUGGCACCAUCAUCUUCAACAAAGGGAGCAUCUGUUAAUUUUAGCAGUCUUUCCAUGACACCAUUUGGAGGAUCCUCAGGGGUGACACCUUUUGGAGGAGCGUCUUCUUCAUUCUCAGUGGUGCCAAGUUCAUAUCCUGCUGGUUUAACAGGUGGUGUUACUAUAUUUGUGGCCUUAUAUGAUUAUGAAGCUAGAACUACAGAAGACCUUUCAUUCAAGAAAGGUGAACGGUUUCAAAUAAUUAACAACACGGAAGGAGACUGGUGGGAAGCAAGAUCAAUUGCUACAGGAAAGAAUGGCUAUAUCCCUAGCAAUUAUGUAGCCCCUGCAGAUUCCAUUCAGGCAGAAGAAUGGUAUUUUGGCAAAAUGGGGAGAAAAGAUGCUGAAAGAUUACUUCUGAAUCCUGGGAAUCAACGAGGUAUUUUCUUAGUAAGAGAGAGUGAAACUACUAAAGGUGCUUAUUCUCUCUCUAUUCGUGAUUGGGAUGAGGUAAGAGGUGACAAUGUGAAACACUAUAAAAUUAGGAAACUUGACAACGGUGGAUACUAUAUCACAACCAGAGCACAAUUUGAUACUCUGCAGAAGUUGGUAAAACACUACACAGAACAUGCUGAUGGUUUAUGCCAUAAGUUAACAACCGUGUGUCCAACUGUGAAACCCCAGACUCAAGGUCUAGCAAAAGAUGCUUGGGAAAUCCCUCGAGAAUCUUUGCGACUAGAGGUUAAAUUAGGACAAGGAUGUUUUGGUGAAGUAUGGAUGGGAACAUGGAAUGGAACCACGAAAGUAGCAAUCAAAACACUAAAACCAGGUACAAUGAUGCCAGAAGCUUUUCUUCAGGAGGCUCAGAUAAUGAAAAAAUUAAGACACGACAAACUUGUUCCACUAUAUGCUGUUGUUUCUGAAGAGCCAAUUUACAUUGUGACUGAGUUUAUGUCAAAAGGGAGUUUAUUGGAUUUCCUGAAGGAGGGAGAUGGAAAGUAUUUGAAGCUCCCACAACUGGUUGAUAUGGCUGCUCAGAUUGCUGAUGGUAUGGCAUAUAUUGAAAGAAUGAAUUAUAUUCACCGAGAUCUUCGGGCUGCUAAUAUUCUUGUAGGAGAAAAUCUUGUGUGCAAAAUAGCAGAUUUUGGUUUAGCAAGGUUAAUUGAAGACAAUGAAUAUACAGCAAGACAAGGUGCAAAGUUUCCAAUCAAAUGGACAGCUCCCGAGGCUGCACUAUAUGGUCGAUUUACGAUAAAGUCUGAUGUAUGGUCAUUCGGAAUUCUGCAGACAGAGCUGGUAACAAAGGGCAGAGUGCCAUAUCCAGGUAUGGUAAACCGUGAAGUGCUAGAGCAGGUGGAACGAGGAUACAGGAUGCCUUGCCCUCAGGGCUGCCCAGAAUCCCUACAUGAAUUGAUGAAUCUUUGUUGGAAGAAGGACCCUGAUGAAAGACCAACAUUUGAAUACAUUCAGUCCUUCUUGGAAGACUACUUCACUGCUACAGAGCCACAGUACCAGCCAGGAGAAAAUUUAUAAUCCGAGUAGCCUUUUCUAUGCACAAAUCUGCCAAAAUGUAAAGAACCUGUGUAGACUUCCUUAUUUUACAUACAGGAAUCAAAAGAAGAAAGUCUUCUUCACUCUGCAUGUUUUUAAUGGUAAACUGGAAUUCCAGAUAUGGUUGCACAAACCACUUUUUUUUUUUCCAAGUGUUAAACUCUAAAAUACCAAUGAUGAAUUUUCCAACUUAUUUCAGGGUCCAAAGAAAGUAUAGUUAUGAUAUUGAUGACAGUGUGAGUGAUAGCAUGACAAUGAAAAGCAACAAGGCUACUUCGUUAUAAAUCACUUCCUUUCUUUUAUUCCCCAAACUCAAGAGUUGUUAAGAGAAAAUUGUGUAUCAUUAUAGACAAAACUUGGGAGAUAAAAAGUUAUACCAUAAUAAAAUCUAAAGUUAAGGAACUUUAGGGGACCAAACAAUUCCAUUCCAGUUUUUAAAGAUUUUUUCCAUUCAUUGUUCUCUCAAGUUUUUUUCUAAGUUGAACAGUUAAUAUGCAGUC